CAAGAAAUCUCAUCUUUUUAUGAAAGACUUGUUAAAAUUACACUACAAAAUCCCACAAAAUCCAUCAAAAUCCAAUUUAUUAAACAAUCCUUCGAAAUUUGAAUGAUUUUGAAUACCACAAGACUUUUUUUAAGUGAUGAAAAGUCUUGAUUGAAUACCUCAAGACUUUUUUAAAAUGACAAAGAGUCUUGAUUGAAUAUCACAUGACUUUUUUUAAGUUACAAAAAAUCUUGAUCGAAUACCACAAGACUUUUUCAUAAUUAAAAAGUCUUUUAAAAUCCCAUAGAAUCCUAAUCUAAUACAUCCCCCUAAGUCUAAUCAUUCUUGUGUCAUAUAAAGGAUAGAUCAGGGGUCUAGUUACAUCCGGUCUGGUUGGGCGAUUUUGUAGAAACUAAAUGAAUGCGACGUCGUUUUUAGAGAACCAGAACCUCUGACACUUGCCCUAACCCCCUGAUUCACAACCACAUACUCGCCGGAGCACCACCCUCAACGUUGAGUCGUUCACGCAAACUCGCCGGGAAAGUCACCGUCAUCAAAUCCUCCUUCGGUUAAUUGUCAUUGUUCUCUUCAAAUUCGGCGCUAGCACGAAGCUUGUUUGGUGAUCAGAGCUACCGAAACUCCGUAAGAGAAGAAUCUCAAUUUUUCUAUUGUUUGAUUCCCAAUUCAACCUAGAAAUGAGUUCAGGUGGUGCAUUUGGUGGCAACCGAGGGCUCCGUCCGGUGCCUCCAGAGAAGGGAGUUUUUCCAUUGGAUCACAUGCAUUUGUGUGACCUGGACAAGAAAGAGUAUCUCAACUGCUUAAAGACUGCUGGGAACAAGUCUGAAAUAUGCAGGGGGUUCUCAAAAAAAUAUCUGCAAUGUCGUAUGGAAAAGAACUUGAUGGCAAAGCAAGAUUUGGCAGAACUUGGUUUUAAGGAAGGUAAUGCAGAAUCUGCUGUAGGGAAAACUACUGAGAGGAUUGGUGAUCAAGAGCAAUGAACUCAGAGAAUUUAGAAUGUAUAUUAAUAUUAGUUUUGAGGUUAAGUUUUGGUAAUGCCAUUCUUUCCUUUUUCAUUCAGUUCAUUUGAUAACCAAAUGUCUAACCAUAUAAUAAUUAUUAGUUUUUCUUUUUUCAAUACAUUCAGUAGUCAUUUUGUACA